AUGGCUUCUCGUCUUCAACAAGUUUCUGGUCAUUUGGCUCCUACCGAUGGCGUCGCUAACAAGAUUGGUGUCAAGUCCCCUGAGGACGUUGUCAUUGUCUCUGCUCUCCGUUCUGCCAUCACCAGAGCUCGUAAGGGUGGUUUCGCUCAAACUACUCCUGAUGAGAUUCUUGCUGGUGUAUUCCAAGGUGUCAUCAAGCAAUCAGGCAUUGACCCUGCCCUUGUUAACGACAUCUGUGUUGGCUCAGUUCUUGCUGCCGGUGGAUUUGCAACUAACAGUAGAAUGGCUGCCCUCUAUGCUGGUUUCCCUGAGUCUAGCUCUGUUUCUACCUGUAACCGUCAAUGCUCAUCCGGUCUUCAAGCCGUUGUCCAAAUUGCCACUGCUAUUCAAUCUGGUUUGAUUGAAAUUGGUAUUGGUGCCGGUGUUGAGUCCAUGACCCAAAACUAUGGUGCUGCCUCUCUCUCUGCUACAUCUGAGAAGAUUGCCGACUCUUGUGCUGCCGCUGCUGACUGUCUCAUUCCCAUGGGUAUCACUUCCGAGAACGUUGCUGCUGAAUUCAAUGUCACCCGUGCCAAGCAAGAUGCUUUCGCCGCCUCUUCUCAUGCUAAGGCUGUUGCUGCUCAAAAGAACGGUUGGUUCAAGGAAGAAAUCGUUCCUCUUGAAGCCACUGUUACUGACAAGGAAGGUAAGGAGACUACUAUCCUUGUUGAUCGUGAUGAUGGUGUCCGCCCUGGCACUACUCCCGAGACUCUCGGUAAGCUCAAGCCUGCUUUCAACGAAAAUGGCUCUACUACUGCUGGUAACGCCUCUCAAGUUUCUGAUGGUGCUGCCGCUGUCUUGUUGAUGAAGCGUAAGACCGCUGAAAAGUUAGGUCUCCCUAUCAUUGGUAAAUACAUUACAUCUGCUGUUGUUGGUGUCCCUCCCAAGAUCAUGGGUGUCGGUCCCGCCUAUGCUAUCCCUGUUGCCCUUGAGCGUGCUGGUUUGAAGGUUUCUGAUGUUGACAUUUACGAAAUCAACGAGGCCUUCGCCUCUCAAGCCGUCUACUCUGUCGAGAAGCUCCAAAUUCCUUUCGAGAAGGUUAACCCCAAGGGUGGUGCUAUUGCUUUUGGUCAUCCUUUGGGCUGUACUGGUGCUCGUCAAAUUGCUACUCUUCUCCCUGAAUUGAAGCGUCAAGGCAAGAAGAUUGGUGUCACUUCUAUGUGUAUUGGUUCUGGCAUGGGUAUGAGUGCCGUCUUUGAAAGCGAGUAA